AUGUUGUUAACUCCUGAUUGUAUGGUAUUGAUCCUCACGGAGGAAUCAGAAUUAAGGCUACAGUGCUGCCAUGGCAGCACUCGCUAUGAGCCUUUUGCUUCCCCCGUGAAAUUUUACCCUACUUACAAGCCUCUGAAAAAUCUGUUCGCAUAUGGUCUUUCAGCAGCCAAGUUGCUGACUGAGUCAGGCCUGAGUGUUGUGGUGUUGGAAGCCCGUGACAGGGUUGGAGGAAGAACUUUCACUGCAAGGAAUAAGCAAGUCCAGUAUGUGGACCUUGGAGGAGCAUACGUGGGGCCGACACAAAAUCGCAUCCUGCGGUUGUCUAAAGAGCUAGGAAUAGAGACAUAUAAAGUGAAUGAAGUAGAACAUCUUAUUCACCAUGUCAAGGGUAAAAGUUAUCCUUUUAAGGGUGCAUUUCCUACCAUGUGGAAUCCUUUUGUCAUCUUAGAUUUCAACAAUCUGUGGAGGACAAUGGAUGAAAUGGGAAAGGAGAUUCCUAAUGAAGCCCCUUGGAAGGCUCCACAUGCAGAAGAAUGGGACAAAAUGUCUAUGCAAGAUUUCAUAGACAAAGUUUGUUGGACAAAUGCUAGCAAGAGGUUUGCAACGCUGUUUGUGAAUGUGGAUGUCACCUCUGAGCCUCAUGAGGUCUCUGCUCUCUGGUUCCUGUGGUAUGUGAAGCAGUGCGGCGGGACAGGCAGGAUAUUCUCCACAACGAAUGGUGGACAGGAGAGGAAAUUUGUUGGAGGCUCUGGUCAAAUUAGUGAGAAGUUAAUGGAACGCCUGGGAGACCGAGUGAAGCUAGAAAAACCUGUAGUCCGCAUUGAUCAGACAAGUGAAAAUGUAAUAGUGGAGACCUUAGACCAUGAAUUAUAUGAGGCCAAGUAUGUUAUUAGUGCCAUUCCCCCAGUUCUUGAUUUGAAGAUUCAUUUCAACCCACCAUUACCACCAAUGAGAAACCAACUGAUUAGCCGGGUUCCCAUGGGCUCAGUCAUCAAGUGCAUGGUAUACUACAAAGAACCUUUCUGGAAGAAAAAGGAUUAUUGUGGUACCAUGCUCAUUGAAGAUGAGGAAGCUGCGAUUGGAAUGACUCUUGAUGAUUGCAAACCCAAUUGCAAUGUGCCUGCUAUAAUGGGUUUUAUUCUUGCUCGGAAGUGUAGAAGACUGACACAUCUCACAAAAGAAGAAAGGAAGAAGAAGAUCUGUGAACUCUAUGCAAAGGUUUUGGGAUCAGCGGAAGCCUUACAUCCGGUGCAUUAUGAAGAGAAGAACUGGUGUGAGGAGCAGUAUUCUGGCGGGUGCUACACAGCAUACUUCCCACCAGGGAUAAUGACUCAGUUUGGAAGGAUCAUUCGCCAGCCAGUUGGCAGGAUCUACUUUGCUGGCACAGAGACAGCUACAGAAUGGAGCGGGUACAUGGAGGGCGCUGUACAGGCUGGAGAGAGAGCAGCUAGAGAGAUACUAUGUUCUAUGAGGAAAAUCUCAGAAGGUGAAAUUUGGAAGUCAGAACCAGAAUCAGCUGAUGUCCCAGCCUUGCCAAUCACUACUACAUUUUGGGAGAGAAACUUGCCAUCUAUACCAGGACUGCUAAUGCUGGUUGGAUUUUCCACUUUCUUCACUUCAAUGGCUGUUGUUGGUCUAUUUGCCUACAAAAAGGGGCUGCUAGUUAGAAACUGAGAAGGAUGUUAGCACAAAUCUGCACACUUGCCAUGUACUUUUUCCAAAGGUGGUUUUUGUUUUGUUUUGUUUUGUUUUGUUUUGUUUUGGUGUGUACUUAUCUGUCUCCAAAGCAGAUCAGAACAGGUAAGGGUAGUGUGUGUGUGGGAGGUGGGGGGGAGAAGUAGAGAUGCAACUUCAGAGUGGGGAUGAAUGAAAGGGGUCAAAUAAAGUAAGAACCACCUGAACAUUGACCUAUUUUUUAGCAUCAUCAUCUGAGGUUCUGAGGUAUUCUGUUCUGUGUUACUUCACUUUGAACUUCUGUCCAGGUCUGUAAAUGAAAAUGCCCCUCCCCCCCC